GCAGAUGAAUGGUUGAGACCUGUGAUGAAAAAAGACAAGCAGGUGCUGGUACACUGGGGUUUUUUUCCAGACAGCUAUGACACUUGGGUUCAUGCUAAUGAAAUAGAUGCUGAAAUUGAGGAUCCUCCAAUUCCCGAGAAGCCAUGGAAGGUGCAUGCCAAGUGGAUUUUGGACACAGACGUAUUCAAUGAGUGGAUGAAUGAAGAGGAUUAUGAGGUAGAUGAAAACAGGAAAUCAGUGAGUUUUCGACAGAGAAUCUCCAUGAAAAAUGAAGAGCCUGUACGUAGUCCAGAGAGAAGAGAUAGGAAAGCGGCAGCAAGUACAAGGAAGAGGAAGCAUUCUCCCUCUCCUCCUCCCACUCCCGUGGAAUCGAGAAAGAAGACAGGGAAGAAGGGCCAAGCAGCCUUAUAUGGGAAAAGGAGAGGGCAAAAAGAAGAAGAUGAACAAGAAGAUCUUACUAAGGACAUGGAGGACCCCACACCAGUUCCCAACAUAGAAGAAGUGGUCCUUCCCAAAAAUGUGAACCCAAAGAAAGACAGCGAAAACACACCUGUGAAAGGAGGAACAGUAGCAGACCUAGAUGAGCAGGAUGAGGAGACGGUGACAACUGGAGGAAAGGAAGAUGAAGACCCUAACAAAGGUGACCAAAGUCGAUCAAUUGAUCCAGGUGAAGAUAACGUCACAGAACAAACUAACCACAUCAUUAUUCCAAGCUAUGCAUCAUGGUUUGACUACAACUGUAUUCAUGUGAUUGAACGUCGUGCUCUCCCUGAAUUCUUCAAUGGGAAAAACAAGUCCAAGACCCCAGAAAUAUACCUGGCCUACCGCAACUUCAUGAUUGACACCUAUCGGUUAAACCCUCAGGAGUACUUGACUAGCACUGCUUGCCGAAGGAACCUGACUGGAGAUGUGUGUGCUGUCAUGAGAGUCCACGCGUUUCUGGAGCAGUGGGGUCUCAUCAACUACCAGGUGGACCCAGAAAGCCGUCCCAUGGCCAUGGGCCCCCCGCCUACUCCUCACUUCAACGUGCUUGCUGAUACCCCCUCCGGGCUCAUGCCCCUGCACAUCCGCACUCCGCAGGUUCCAGCUGCUCAGCAGAUGUUGAGUUUUCCUGAGAAAAACAAAGAAAAGCCUACUGAUCUGCAGAACUUUGGGCUUCGCACAGAUAUUUAUUCAAAAAAGACCUUGGCAAAGAGUAAAGGUGCAAGUGCUGGAAGAGAAUGGACAGAGCAAGAGACACUGCUGCUAUUAGAGGCUCUGGAGAUGUACAAAGAUGACUGGAACAAAGUCUCGGAGCACGUGGGGAGCCGCACUCAGGACGAGUGUAUUCUUCACUUCCUGAGGCUGCCGAUCGAGGACCCCUACUUGGAGAACUCGGACGCGUCCCUGGGCCCGCUGGCCUACCAGCCCGUGCCGUUCAGCCAGUCUGGAAACCCCGUGAUGAGCACCGUGGCCUUCCUGGCCUCCGUGGUGGAUCCCCGCGUGGCGUCCGCCGCAGCAAAGGCUGCUUUAACAGAGGAGUUUUCUCGAGUCAGAGAGGAGGUACCCCUGGAGCUAGUCGAAGCUCACGUAAAGAAAGUACAGGAGGCAGCAAGAGCCUCUGGGAAGGUGGAUCCAACAUAUGGCCUGGAGAGCAGCUGCAUUGCCGGAACAGGUCCAGAUGAGCCGGAGAAGAUCGAAGGAGCUGAAGAAGAAAAAAUGGAAACAGAGACAGAUGGGCAACAGCCUGAGAAGGUUGAAAACAAAGGGGAAAGUGAAACUGAGGAAGGUGAUAAAGUGCAAGAAGGAGAAAAUGAGAGAAAUCCAGAAAAAGAGCAAGAUAGUGAAGUGACUGCCGAAGUCAAGCCAGAAGAGAAGGAGGCCGAAGAGAACAAGGAGAACGUUGAUGCUAGCAAAGACAAAGAAAAUGAGGCUGGGAAGAAGAAAGUGGAACACGAAAUCUCAGAAGGAAACGUAGCUACAGCUGCAGCUGCUGCUCUUGCCUCAGCUGCCACCAAAGCCAAGCACCUAGCAGCAGUGGAAGAAAGAAAGAUCAAGUCCCUGGUGGCCCUUUUGGUGGAAACACAGAUGAAGAAGCUGGAGAUAAAACUUCGUCACUUUGAGGAGUUGGAGACCAUCAUGGACAGAGAGAAAGAGGCAGUAA